AUGAAUACUGAAAAUGAAAGUGAGAAAUCAUCAGCUGAGACAGCUGCUGCUCCUCUAUGGAAAUAUGUUACUAGGUUAGAAAAAGCAAGUGUUGGUGGUGAGAAUGUUUCUUUCAAAUGUAACUAUUAUGAAAAAACUUUCAAGGGGUCUUAUUCAAGGGUGAAGUCACACUUGUUAAAAUUGCCUAAGUUUGGAAUACAAGCAUGUGCCAAGGUUGGAGAUGAGUAUCAGAAUGAAAUGCAGAAAUUAGAAGAUGUGUUUGAGGAAUCUUCGCGUAAAUUGAAGAAGCCUAAGCUAGUGUCUUUACCAACUGAUUCUCCUACUAGUCAUAAUUUGGGCAGUAGGGAGAGUAGUACAGCUACAAAUUCUCUUAUUGCUAGGACAUUUUAUUCUACUGGUUUACCCUUUCACUUUGCUAAGAACCCGUAUUGGAUUGAGAUGAUCAAGUUUGCAGCUAAUAAUAAUUUAGUGGGCUAUAUUCCUCUAGGUUACAAUAAAUUAAGAACAACUCUGUUGCAAAAAGAAAGGGCACAUAUUGAGAAGUUGUUGAGGUCAAUUAAAGACACUUGGAAAGAAAAGUGUUUAAGCAUUGUAAGUGAUAGGUGGACAGAUGUACAAAAAAGGCCACUUAUCAAUUUUAUGGCUACAUCACAGAAAGGGCCAAUUUUUAUCAAAUCCAUUGAUGGUACCAAAGAGUACAAAGACAAGCACUUCAUUGCUGACUUGUUUCUAAAGGUCAUUGGUGAGGUUGGGCAUCAACAUGUUGUCCAAAUUAUUAUUGAUAAUGCAUCUAUUAUGAAGGCUGCAGGAUCUAUUGUUGAAGCUGAAUAUCCUCAUAUAUUUUGGUCACCUUGUGUUGUGCAUACUCUCAAUUUGGCUUUGAAGAAUAUAUGUACACCUAAGUACUCUUUGCAGAAUGAGGUUGCAUAUAAUGAAUGUAACUGGAUUGCACAAGUUUCAGAUGAGGCAACUUUCAUUCAUAUUUUCAUCACAAAUCAUUCUAUGAAAUUAGCAAUUUUUAAUUCAUAUUCCCCUUUGAAGUUACUUGCUGUUGCUAAAACACGAUUUGCUUCAAUAAUCAUCAUGCUUAAAAGAUUGUUUCAAGUAAAACAAAAUCUUCGAAAUAUGGUCGUUAGUAAGGAAUGGAUGUCAUAUAGAGAAGAUGAUGUAGGAAAAGCUCAAACUGUGAGGGAUUAUGUUUUGAAUGAUUUGUGA